AUGAAUACUAUAAGAUUUUCUGAUCAAGAGAAUAAGAUAACAGUUGAUGAUGGUUCCAACGGUAAAAAUGUGAAUAAGGGUAAACCUUUGGCCAACAAAAAGAGGGUUAGAGUACCUUUAGGAGGUAAAGAUAGCAAUAAGUUAUUUCCUACAUUAAAUAGAUCAAAAUCAACUAUUGAUAAUAAAGUUAUACCCAGACCUAUUUCAAGAUCUAGUUCUACGUUAGGAUUCACUCAUAAACAACCUAGUCAAUUGUUACAACGUCAACAUCUGGUAUUACAACAAAGUACUCCGAAAAUAUCUUUAUCAAUACCCUCGCAACCUAAAAAGAGUACAUUAGAAUAUAACGAAAACACUAUUUUUAAUCCUCAACAAGCCAACAGACCAAGUGAAUUAUAUCAAGAUGAUACCGAUUCUUUAAGAAAACAAAUAAUUCCAGGUAAACCACCAAGUGAUGAUUUAAUAUUCAAUGAUAAUACCAAUUUACCUGCUAAAGUGUCCAGACAAAUUCAUAAUGUGGACCCUAUCAAACGAUCAAAGGUUAGUAAUAAAUUGGAUUCAUAUAUUCAAAGUAGAAACGAAUUAUUCCAACAAUUAGUUGAUGAUGAAAAUAGUGUUGAAGUUGGACCUCCAUCUUUUAACCAUCGAGAAUCACCAGAUUUCUUUGAAAUCCCAGAAUCUAAUCAUGAAGUAAGUAUAGAUUUGGGAGAUUUCCAGAUCAAUGAUACUUUGGAUAUGAAUGAAGUAUCAAGAGAUUCAGAUGAGGAAUUAGGGUUAAAUGAAAGUGAUUUAAGGGAUCUAUUAGAUUAA